CAUAUCCGACUUCCGGUCUCUUUACAAAAUUUGCAGUAAAAACAAAUCAAAUGUUUAGAUUCUGUAAAUGAAGUCUGUGUUUGUCAAUAUUAGACAAAAAUGAUUGUUGUUAGUAAAACAGCCAUACACGGAUUAUUAAAUUUUUUGCUAGCUUUGAUUGUGUUGCUUGCCUGGGUAUAUGUUAUAGCUGCUGGUAGAUUUAUAUCCAUCAAGACAUUAGAAAAGCAGUUCCCAACCUCAUAGAUUAUAAAUCAUACUAUAGUAAAAUGGAGGUGAAAAAUGACAACUCUGCCAUACUAAGUAAUUAUGAAGUUCUACAACUCCUGUCUGACAUUCACACUGGAAGAGGACAAAUCAAACCUAACAAGCACCAGAAAAACCUUGCAACUAUUACCUAUGAAACUGUUAAAUAUCUAGAAAAUACACCUUGCAAAAAUCAAAGUCCAGAACUUAUUCAAAACAUCAUGACAGAUUUGCAAGCAUUUAAUUUAACAAAAGCAGAAAAACUACAAAUUUUGAAUCAGUGCCCAACAUCAGCUGUUGAAAUUCAGUUGAUUAUAGAAGAAAGUGAAGAACGUUUAACAGAAGACCAGAUUUAUCAGCUGUUGGAAAUCAUAACAAAAUAUAACGUAACAAAAGAAGCAUCUAACGCUGGAGAUGAAGAGAUGGAAGACGAGGACGAUUCUGUGGAACAAACUUAACUCAUUUACAUUUAUAUCAUGCCUGUAAAUUAAAUUUCUACAUACUUGUACAUGUAUUUAUAUAUAAAGAAAAUUAGAUACUAUUUAUUAUAUUUCUUUGUAAUGAACACAGAUCUCUUUAAGGAUAACUAAGUUACAUAUUGUUAGUGGUUUAUAAAUCUUUUAAGGUUGUUGUUUCCCUGUUUUAAUAUUGAUGGCAGAUCUAAAGGCUCUAUAGGGUGUAUGCCUUAUUAAUGAAAUCAAUACAAGACUUUUUGUUUGUUAA